AUGGCCCGUCCUAAACCGGCGUCUGCGCGAAAGCGCGAGAGCGAGGAGCAGAAGCAGAAGAGGGACACACGGGAGGAGAAAGAGGGGAAGCGAUUCUUCUCGACUGACAGGCCCGAUGACGCAGAGGCUCCAGUGGCGUCCGACCUGGACGACAAGCGGAAAACCAAGCGUGCGAAAGUGGGCAAAACGGAUCCGCUGUCUCCCGGCGCCGCAGGUGUACAUACACCCCACGAAACGGCACGUCGCCACAAAGCCGUCGCCUCCGCGUCACACAACGCUUCGGCUCUGGUUUCCGACGAAGUCCGCGCACUCGAGAGGCUUCUUUUCGGUUCAAAAUGCCGGCGAGACGGCGCCGGCGCGAACGAGGAGCCGCGCGGCGAGGGCCAAGAGGCAGCGACACAGAAGCGGAAGAAGAGCGCUGGCCAGGUCUCCGCGGGCCGAGGCGGAAGGAGCAAACAGAGCACGGCUGACCCUGAGGGCGCGGCCGAAGGCGCCGCAGGCGAAGGUGUGCAGCCGCGGAAGAAGAAGCGUCAUGAAAACCAGAGAGGCGAGAUGAACGGCGAGGCUUCAGCUCGCCCUGCCGCCUUGGAGUCUCCGCAUGAACAGACAGGCCGCAAGAGAAACAAGCAGGCGGCGACGCAGCGAGAAGACGACGCGGAGAGUGGAGAGGAGAAAGAGGGCGAGGAGCACAGUGGAGAGGAAGAGAGAGACGGGCAGAGAGAAAGGAGACGCGCGUGGGUGGACCCUGACGAUGCGCAGUUGGCUGUGAAUAUACGCACGAAUCGGAAGCUGCGGAAACUGCGAGAGAACGAGCAGGAAGAGACGCUGUCAGGCGAGGCGUUCCAGAAGAGGCUCGCGGUGCUCCACAGGCGCCUCGUGCAAAGUCGGGCCAGCAUGAACUGGGUGGAGAAGGCGCGUCAAAGGAAACGCGACGCUCAGGCGGCGCGCGAGGCGCAGCAGCGCGAAGCAGGCGACAGCGACGUCUCGGACGAUCCGUCGACGCUGCAGUUGACGAGGACUGGGCAGACGGUCGCUGGGAUCCACAGCGCCUCGUCGGUGUUGUCGUCCAAGGGGCUCUUGCGCCGGCUUGCUCGCGAGCGGACGGGUCCGCUGGUCUUCGCAGAGACGGCGGGAAGAGCGCGCAUCCCGCAAAAGAAAGUCAUCAUUCGCCGACUGGCGAACGCCAACGAGGCAGAGCCGAGCGCAUCGGUGAUUUCUGCGCUCGAGUUCCAUCCUCGCACGGCCCUGCUGAUGACCGCCGGGCGCGACCAAACCAUGCGCCUCUUCUCGAUUGACGGCAAAGAGAACCGAAAAGUGGAGUCCAUCUUCUUCCGAGAUUUCCCCGUCCUCGCUGCACGCUUCACUCGCCACAACACCGGGGGUCAGGUCUUGGCGAUCAGCAACGCAAAUCGCUCUCUGGCUGAGUACGACCUUGAAACAGGACAAGUGAACAAGAUCCCAGGGAUCGCAGGCCGUCGUCAGGAGAGAUGCUACCAUUUUCUUGAGAUGGGAGGCGGCCGAGGAGCCGACGACGCCGCGUCAUUCCUGGUCACGCAGAAGACAUUCGCGCUUGCCUCCGCGAAUUCUCAAGACGUGCUUUUGUGCGACGUGCGAUCGAAGCGCCUCCUGAACGUCUUCUCCAUGAACGCAACUGUGGCGGCCAUUGCGUAUCAUCCGACGAAGGAGGCGAUCUUCACCGCGGAUCGUGAAGCUUUUAUUUACGAGUGGGAUCUCCGGAGUGGCAACUGCGUGGCGAAGUUCCAGGACCCGUCUUGCUUGCGCCUCUCAGCCAUGGCAGCUUCUCCCGCUGCGUGUCUCUCCCCUUCGUACGAACCGUCUCCUUUCUUAGCGACAGGAUCGCGCACGGGCUAUGUGGACUUCUUUUCGCUCUCCUCUGACUCGGUCGCGACGAAACCCGUGAAGGAGAUGGGAAACCUCACGACGGAGAUCAGCACGCUGGCUUUUCAUCCGUCCAAUCAGCUGAUCUGCGUCGCCUCCAGAUGGAAGAAGGACGCCCUCAGACUUGUCCACCUGCCGUCUCUUACCGUGUACCAGAACUGGCCGACAGAACGAACGCCACUACGCUACGUGACGGCAGCUGACUUCAGCUGCGACAACGGCUUCUUGGCUGUCGGCAACGAUCGCGGAAAUGCGCUGCUGUACCAGAUCAGGCAUUUUGCAUAA